AUGGCAUCUAAAUCCAAAUCUAAAUCUGAAGUAGGGCGUCACCCAGACACGCACCGUGCUACGAUUAGUCGCUCCAGCUCCGAAUACAUCCGGAAACGCGCCACCAAAGCAUGUCAGGUCUGUCGGGCGCGGAGAACGAAAUGUGACCAGCAACGGCCGGCUUGUUCAUUUUGCCUAAAGGUUGGGGUGGAGUGUGUCUUUGAGCCAGAUGACAAGGCAACAUUUGAUCAAGCGAGCCUUGCCAUUAUAGACCGACUCGACCGACUGGAGCGAAAGAUAGAUGCACAGGCACAGGCACAGACACAGUCAAGUCCAAGAACCGCACAUGCUGAUUCUCAUGAAAUCUACCUUCAUCACCACCUUUUUCCUCUCACAAUCGACAAAAUCUUACAGUGGAAUGUCUUUGGCGACGCCCAUUCACCAACCCUAACAGCCUUGACACAACAAACCCUUGCAUCGCAAUCUCAAUGCGACAAUAUCAGCACCAAUACCCCCUGGGUAGGCGACAUGCUCAACCGGACAUCUUGCGAUCGAUGGCUCGAUAAUUUCUUCGCCCAUAUCCACGUCAAGAACCCAAUCUUGGACGAGGCCGAAACGCGAAGGUUGGUCUCGAGGUUGUGUGCACAGGGACUCGAUUGGAACGUCGAGUCGGGUCUCGCUCUUCUGGUCUGUGCCAACGGAGCCCUUGCUCGUCCUCUGGAAGAACCUCUUCCUCUAUCGCACCCAGAUAGACAAAUGGCAAUCAUUCUACUCGAUGCAGCGCAGAGAAGACUCGGUGGCGGCUUAGGCCCCAAGGGUCUGAUACAUGCUCAGUGCGCCUUUCUGUCAGGUGUUCUCCUCAUGUCGCUGAUACAUCCGGUCGAGGCUUGGACGACCUUUGUGCAUGGCUUAGCCAUUUGCCAGACAUUUCCUUAUACCCAACAGAUCGAUCACAAUAUGGGGCGAAAGACCGCACAAGAUAUCGCGGAACAGAGUGUCUUGUGGUCAUGCUGGAAGUCUGAGCAGGAGCUUAGGUUUGAAGUGGGAUUGUCCAGCUGUACCGGUCCAGCUGAUGACCCCCCUGAACUAUUUCCCUGCCCUCCGCAAGGAUGCCAAGGCCACGUUGAACGAGCAUGGUACUUUUAUCUGUCCGAGAUAGCUCUCUGGAGACUCGAGGUGAAUGCUCGUCGCUUGAUGAGUCAAAUCCAGCAUCAAGACUGGGGGUCGGUCUCGCAAGCGUUGAGCGAGAUUGGUCGAGACGUAUCGAAUCAACUCGAGGCAUGGCAAACCUCCCUCCCACCGCCCGUCAGCAUGGACCAAGACAUCGAGGACGAUGUUAUCCGGUUCGUACUUCGUGGACGUAUCACGUAUGUCCGCGAGCUUGUUUCCUGGCCCUUUGUGCAUGCGGCUCUUAACCAAAUGGGUGACCAUGGGGUGUCUGAGCACGACACAGCGACUGCUCUUGGUUUUCACUACAAUAGGCUACUGGUAAAUGCUCCAGGUUACUACCAUCGUCACCACGGGACUUGGCUCAUGUUACGAAGCUCGGCAAGAAGUGCGUGCAUCUUGCUUGGGUUUGCACGCUUGUACCCUGGAUCUAGUCUCUUGCCUGUAGGCUGGAAAGAUGCAGUCCUGGGCACCGUCAAGAUGGUCGAGUACUGGAGUGUUGAGGCUGAGGGGAUGCGUUCGGUGUUGGAAAUCAUGACAUGGCUAUUGGAAGUUGUACAAUAA